GUCUAGCAUCAGAUGAUGCUGAAAAAUUUCUUAAAUCAAUUAAAAACAUCUUCAAAACAGAUGAGAGUUUAAAUGAUCGACAGAAAUUAGAAAUAAUACGUGGUAAAUUAACGAAAACGGCCGGCGCAUGGUAUGACAAUUUCGAUUCACCAUUUGCAGAUUUAUUUGAAUUUGAAAUAGCAUUCGUUAGCAGAUAUUCAUCGUCAUUAAAUAAACUCACCAAGUUUGAUAAAUUAUUACAACGUAAACAGCAAGAUAAUGAAUCUGUAACAAAUUAUUAUGAUGAAAUCGUAACGUUAUGUCGCGAAGUAGAUGUAAAAGUGUCUGAAUCAACAAUCAUACAGCAUUUACUAGCUAGAGCGAAAGCAGAAUUUCGUAAAGAACUAUUUCGUCAGACACCAUUUGAAUCAUUGAUAAAUUUCUUACAAGCAGCUAAAAAAGAAGAAGAUUUGCAGAAAACUUUAGAAAAAUCCCUAAAUACUGAUUUUAAAACAGAACAACCAUAUUUUACAUUUAAUAUACAACGAGAAUCAACAGUUCAGGACAACUCUUCUACAACAUCAUCAAAAUUUAAUUCAAAUUAUCCAUUUGGUCCAUGCAAAGUGUGUGGUUUAACAAAUCAUAGAUCGAUUGCAUGUUUUUAUCGUAAAACAACUGGAUGCUUUAAUUGCGGCGGUCGUCAUGCCGUCCGUGAUUGUAAACAUCCACCACAUUUUCAUUAG